AUGAACACAAACACAAUAGACAACAUCAAAAGAUUCAAGGACCAUGAUGAUUACUAUGCAGAACCCCUGGACUCAAGCAUCCUCCAAUUGGCUAAUGGUGAAUCUGGAAAUUCUUCAUCAAACUCUGAGCUAGAAGGCCUUCUACAUAAUACCCUUCUGUUUCAUAUUUCUGGCAAUUCUUCUCCUCUAUGGCUUGGAAUUGCCAAGCCUACAAGUGGCCCAUCUUGGCUUUUUACAGGCUAUUAUGCCAGUCCUUAUGAAACCAAGAAUAAGAUUGAGUCUUGGAAUAAGUUAGAGAGUACUUCCACUAAAAACUCUCUUCCUUGGUUGGUUAUUGGUGAUUUCAAUUCCAUUCUACAUGAUAAUGAAAAAUACAGUACUCAACCACUAGAUAGUGCUGAGGCUAACAUAUUUAGUAACAAAAUUCUUGAUCUUGAUUUGAAUGACUUGGGCACUGUGGGAUGUCCCUUCACUUGGUCUAAUAAGAGGAGCGACCCAUCACUCACUGAACAAAGAUUGGAUAGAGGAUUAACCACUGAAUUUUGGAUACUCUUAUAUCCAAACUCCACUAUCUCUAACCUUUUAGCUAUUGGGUCUGACCAUCACCCAAUCUUUCUUAAUCCUAAUCCUUCUUGGCAUACUGGUAAAAUACCUUUCAAAUUCUUCGGUCCUUGGCUGGAUCAUAAGGAUUGUAAGUAUAUCAUUGCUGAAUGUUGGCAAACAAACCUAUCUGGAUCUAGUGCCUUUCUCAUUGCUAGAAAACUCAAAGACAUCAAGAUGAAGCUCAAAGUCUGGAACAAAGAAGUCUAUGGCAACAUCAAAACCAACAUAGAGGAAAGUAAGCAACAUCUUCUCUGGUUACAAGAAAACUACUUCAGAGCUGAUAGAAGUACUGCCCUCAAGACUGCAAUGCAACUCCUCAGAGAUUGGCAAGACAUUGAAGAACACUUUUGGAAGACAAAAAGUAGGGACCGGUUCAUCAAGUUGGGAGACAAGAACACAAGUUACUUUCAUAUAACCGCCAAGUGCAGAACUAGAAGAAAUAGAAUAGACACAAUUCAGGACAACAAAGGAAAUUGGAUUGAGGAUUAUCAAGAGCUGAAGUUUCACCAACCACUUCACCAUGAUGGCCAUUGUUGA